GCGUCUCUUGUCCCUAACCAUCAUCAUGUCCGCCGCCGCAUCUUCAUCUGCGUCCGCGCCGAAAGGAACGGAUUCUGUGCCCACGAAGCCCUCACCACAAGAGUCAAACCCGCACCUUGGGGUCUUGGAAGAGGAUGAUGAAUUCGAGGAGUUCCCCGUACAAGACUGGGACGACUCGCAGACCGAUCUGGCGCACUUGAACGGCGCUGCGCCCGGUGCUGCAAAGUCAGGAGGAGACAAGCUCUGGGAGGACAACUGGGAUGAUGACGAUAUCGACGAUGACUUCAGCAAGCAGUUGAGGGGAGAGCUUGCCAAGAAGGACGAUAACGCUAUGCAGCAGUGACCACAUACACCACCAUCCAUACACCUACUUCCUUGAGCUCUCCUCAUUUCAAUGUAAUCUUUGCCUUUCAUCCAUCCUCCACCACAGACUGAACACGCAAGACCCAAGAUAAUAUAAUUACGCGACGUGAUCAUAACAAUGCGACGUGCAACAAUACGACAACAUAGAGGACAUCCCUGCAGGCAUAUCUACCUACGACAUUAUCUCCUUCUUGUCCUUCUCGAGGUCGACAGACACAGUCGAGACGGUGUCGAUCAGACCCAUCUGCGAGGUGUCGUACCCGUUCGCCUCGAGAUACUCGCGGAAC